UCUAACGACAAUAAAUUCUUUUAACAAAGAUAUAAUAUAGAAAUAAUAUAAAUCAAUGAUGAAAUAGAUAUUAUUUUCUUGUUAUUCCUGUCUUUCUUUCUUUUUUUUUGUCAUUAUAUCUGACAUCCAUGAGAGUGUUACGUACGUCUGACAUAAAGAAGGUUCGGAUUAUUGAUUAGACCGUUGACCAUGGUUAUGAUACGAUCAAUAAUAAGGCUGACUGUAUGCGUCUAUGUAUUUGUAGGAGUAAAGUGAAUACAGGUGAGAAAGGAACAUGGCGAGCGCUCUACUUCGAAGUCUUCAAGCUUUAGAAUCGUCGGUUGAACCAACCGCAAGAUGGACAGUACCAUUGAACGAUGGUAACCAUGUGAUAGAAUUCGAGCAUGGAACUGCGACCGGUCGACGAAUUGUCAAAAUCGAUGAUAAAGUAUUAGUGAAUAGAGAAUGGAUGUUCCGUUUGGUCGGCGACGAAUUAUUUACAUUUAACGGGACUAAAUUCGUGAUUAGGGUCGAUCCAAUACCAGGUUUCAAGUAUUCGUAUACUUUAUGGGUAAAUGGGAAGAAUUAUAAAAACUUUAUACAAUCUCAAUCGAAAAUUUUGAAAUCAUGGCUUACGAAGAUAGGAGAGAAUGAAUAUAGAAUUGUAUUGGACAAACAAACACAAAGCGUGUGGAUUAAUGGUGUGCAAGUAGAUGUCGAGAACGAAUUUAUGGAUGGUGGAGCAGAAAUACUGUUCUCUGUAUCAGAAUUAUCAGCCGUGAUUAGAUCGUACAGUUCUGAUAAGAAAGAAAUUGGAAUUGAUUAUAUUUUAUACAUCGACGACAUCGAAAUAAAUGAUGAAGAAAACUACAUUCCAUGGUACAUCGACAUCGCCAACUAGGAGUUUGACUGGUAGUAAUAACAGCAUACGUGAGAGAGGUUCACCGAGUAUCUGGAGUAUGCAGUCUGGUAUUCGACGUGGAAUGUUGGAUCCAAUGUUGAGAAAGCUGAGGUGAUAUCGACCUCCAAUUUGUACGAUAAUGCUUUAACGAUCAAAUCUCUAUUCCCUUAAUAUCAAAAUAUAAAAUUUUAGAAUAACUAUACCACAACGAAUGGAAAUAAUGCAAAGCGAAAUAAUCGAACUUAAAAAUAAAUUAUUAUUACUCGAACAAUCCG